AUAACGGUAAUAUUAUUAUCUGAAAGAAGAUUUAAAAGAAUUGAAUUUUUUGGCAGUUGAUUUAUAGCAUAUUAAAUGUUUUAUAAUACACUAGUUUAUGAGUUUUAUUAUAGCACUUGCUAUUGAGCCGCUAUAAGCGGACUCACAAAUAACUGUGGAUGCUGUGUAUUUGUUUUGCUGACCAUUAUUGAUUUUGUCAGUCGCAGCAUCUUCACUUAACCGAAAAAAGGCGCCCAAAAAGGAUUUAAUUUCAAAAUCAGUUAGAUUAUAUUUGAGAACUAAAGAACUAACUACAAUAGGCUAUCUGCAUUAUGAAGCGGCAAAAUGUGCGAACCCUUUCCCUUGUGGUUUGCACUUUCACGUACCUCUUAAUUGGCGCCGCGGUCUUCGAUUCGCUGGAGUCGCCAACGGAGACCAAACGUUGGGAGUUCUUACAGGCCGUUAAGAACAACUUUGUGAAGAAGUACAAUGUGACCGACGAGGAUUUCCGGGUAAUGGAAAUCGUCAUCAUUGAAAACAAACCACACAAGGCAGGACCGCAGUGGAAAUUCGCUGGAGCCUUUUAUUUCAGCACUGUUGUUUUGGCCAUGAUAGGAUAUGGCCACUCCACUCCAGUUACCAUUCCGGGAAAAGCAUUUUGUAUGGGCUAUGCAAUGGUGGGAAUCCCUCUGGGCCUGGUGAUGUUCCAGUCGAUCGGUGAGCGUCUCAAUAAGUUCGCAUCAGUCAUCAUCAGGCGGGCCAAGAGGGCCAGUGGAGCCCGGUGUACGGAUGCCACGGAGAUGAAUCUUAUGCUGGCCACUGGAAUGCUCUCCUCCAUAAUCAUUACAACGGGAGCAGCAGUGUUCUCCCGAUACGAGGGAUGGAGCUACUUCGACAGCUUCUACUACUGCUUCGUCACCUUAACCACAAUUGGUUUCGGGGACUAUGUGGCAUUGCAGAACGAUCAGGCCCUGACCAACAAACCUGGCUAUGUGGCCCUGAGCUUGGUCUUCAUCCUGUUCGGACUGGCCGUGGUGGCCGCCAGUAUUAAUCUGUUGGUGCUGCGCUUCAUGACGAUGCAAGCGGAGGAUGCCAAGAGGGAUGAGCAGGAUGCCCAAAACCUGGCCGGAAAUGCCCAGCCAGUAACCUUCGAUGAUGAAUCCACCUACAACAUGCACGGCAAAUUGCUGGAGAACAAUUACACCACUGAAAACGAUGAGACCGCUUCGUUGUGUUCCUGCACUUGCAUGGGUGGCACCAGGUGCCUCAACCACGAACAGUUCGUGGACCCGGAUUUCGCACCCACGGAUAUCAUUGAGAGCACUUUGUGCCUGAAACGCGCCUCCGUCUGAUAUCCGUAUAACCAGCUGUGGGACUCCUCCUUGUAGGAGCCAGAGCCAAGGGAACGCCUAAGUAUAGAUACAAUCCUGUAGUGACUCAACCUCCGCCAAAUCAUUACAAAUUAUUACCACAUUGGUUGUUAGACGAACCUUCCCUACGUACAUAAUUAUACACGGAUGGGUCGAUUGUCCUUGCAAAGAAUUGUGAAAGCGUUAAGAAUCCUAUCCGUUUAAACGGACCUUUUUCUGAAAAACAUGAUAAUAAUUUGUUUCUUGUCCCUUUAUUUGACUUAGAAAUUAUAAAAAUAUUUUCUUGUCGUUAAAAUUUGCAUAUGCAACUUCCUCGUAUAUGAUUUUCCAGUUUUCAGCAAGCGCAAUAAUCGACCCAUUCCAUUAUAUACCCAUAUACACAUUUACAAAGGAGGAAUCUCCAUAAUAUCCAUGUCAAUAUCAAUCGUAUCAAUCGUAUGGCUGGUGACCCUAGAGGCCUCCAAUGGCUCGAGGGCACCGCCCACUCCAUCCCAUCUCGAAUUUUAGCUGUAUAUUGGUUUAAAUAGGUACUAUUAAAGUUUUUGCUCAAAACACUUGAACUGAACGAUUUGAAUUUUUGGAAAGAAAAAAAAGCAAAAAGCAGGGAUCGAAGUAGUCCGGCUGAGAACCUUCCGAGACGAUCUCCUAUCCAGAGUCAGUCCACCUCAGUAUCAGCUAGCAAGUACACGUGUGAAAUAUAAACCUGAAAAUUAUACGUUAAAUAUUCAGUUGUUCGUCGGUUUUUGCCCCCCUCAGACAUCUGCUCGACAACUCGAUUUUUUUUUUUUGGUGAAAAAAUUUCCAAAAUUGGAAUUUUAACCUUUGAUCCUUGACAAGCGCAAAGAUGCGUGAAAUCGUACACAUCCAGGCCGGGCAAUGCGG